AUGGCUGAACAUUCAGUUGAUUUGAAGUCGAAAUUAGAUGAUUCUAUAAAAGGAGUUGAAGACAUUGAACCUUAAUAAGAAAAGGAUUCUAAUUAAAUUUAGGAUAAAAAAUAAGAAAAAUAAGAGACAUAAACAAGUGAAAAGAAAGAUGGAGGUUAAUUAGAAUCUUUAUUUAAAAAUAAUGGAACCAAUUUAUUUAAUACUUUGGGAAUGACUUUAAAUCAAAAUGGAAGUUUGUUUGGUUCAUCUUAACCAAAUACAGGAUUGUUUGCCAAUAUAAAUAAAUAAGAGCCAAAUAAUAAUGGGAUUGAUUUAACUAAACCUGGUCCAUCUUUAUUUGGUAUAGAUUUUAAAGUUCAUAAAUCAGAUGAUAGUGAUGGUGCAGAAGAUGUAGGUAUAUUUAUAGAUAUAAUAAUAAUUUAGGAGGGGAAGAGGAAUAAAAACCAGAUGAUGAAGAACCAAAAUAAAUUGAAAUGAAAUAUGAUUAUUCAACUUAAACUGAUUAAUUAUUUGUGUCUGAUAUUGAAAAAUUUAGAAGAAAUACUAACGAUGUUCUAGAAAAAGGAACUGUCGCUUUAGAGAAAUCAAAAGAGAGUGAUUCUUUUUACUUUAUAUAUAGGUAUUAUCGAUCAUUAUUAUUUUGUAGGAAUUAAAUCUAAUAAAUUUUAUAUACAGGACAAUUAUUUAAAGGUAUUUCUGAAAUUAAACCAUUGGGUUCAAAAUAAGAAAAUGUAUUAUUAAGGGCUAUUAGCAGAAAAUAAUAACAGAUGACUUAAUCACAAAAUAAAGAUCCUGUUUAAAUAGACUCUCUUAAAGUUAUGUUUAAAGAAAAAGAAAAAGCAGAUCUAUUUAAAGAAAAGAUUUAAAAUGUGUUUAAAUGA